AUGGGUCGUGGUCAGAGGGCACCAGGCAGAGGUACCGGUCGUACUGAGGCGAGGCAGCCAGUUUUGGUUUAUGCUACAUGUCGUCAAGAGGAUGGAGACGCCCCAGAUGUUAUUAUGGGUACAUUCUUUAUUCAUAAUGUACCUUAUACUGCACUAAUUGAUGUUGGGUCUACGCAUUCCUAUAUAACAUGUACUGUAUCUGAGACUUUAGGUAUAAUGGUUGAAAGUACCAUGAAUGAGGUCACUGUGUUGAGUCCGUUAGGGCAGUCUGUGAGGGUAAAUAAAUUGUUCAGAGAUGUGCCUUUGGAAGUUCAAGAAACUAUCUUUUUGGCGGAUUUAAUGGAACUCUCUUUCGGAGAAUUCAAUUUAAUAUUGGGAAUGGACUGGUUAGUUAAACAUCAGGUGAACUUAGACUGUGCUAGCAAACAGAUGAUAUCAGAACAGCUAAGGACUUUCCAGACAUGUUUCCCGAUGAGCUACCGGGGUUACCUCCAAACUGAGAAGUUGAGUUUGGGAUUGAGCUCCUGCCCGGAACAGCUCUGGUGUCCAUCACCCCUUAUAGAAUCGCAUCGAAGGAGCUAG